UUUUGUUCAAAUGAUUGGUAUUAUUUUGACAACUUUGACGCAAUGAUUUUUUAGUGAUUUUAUUAGUGUACCACCAUUUUUAUAUUUAAUAAUUAAAAGUUUUGUUUAUUCAAACAUUAGCACCUCGCCGUUGAGUUGUGUGUGCUAUGUAAAUUUCAAGUUAUAAUGGGCGACUGCUUAAAGUUAGUGAAAGAUAAGCGACACAGAAGUUCUAGUAGUCUUGCUGGAGCUUUAGAUUGUACUCGUUCAGAAAAGAAGUUGGACAUAAGAGCUUCGAUACCGGAAGUAGAUGAUCAAUUUGCGCUGGCGGAAGCACGUUGUGAUGAUUUGCAGGACAAAAUCGAUUUAGUAAGAGUGUUAAGGAAGAAAAAGAAAUUAAAAAAAAGAAGUAUGACCAAGGUUGGCGAACCGCAACUAGCUCUAGAUAACAUACCAGUUAUCACAGUAAGAACGCAGCCGAAAAAAAAAGUGUCUCAGCAUGCGGCACGUCUGCGUAAAAUAGAGAUGCCACAUAAUCCGACAAGAGGAUAUGUUGAUCCUGCUUCCGUUGAACAGCAUAUGAUGCUUGGAGAGAUGCGCGGUACUAAGAACUAUAAGCCACCGGAAGCACAGCGUUUGAAGGAGAAACCAGGCUCGGCGGGCUACAAUAAUUAUGGCAAAAAUCAACCUAGAAAAAAUUAUCCAGACGGGGACAGUAUGUAUGGAGCUGGUACGCAGUUCAGUAGCGAGGGUCCCAUGGAGGUGGCUUGUGGUGAUGACGAUACUGUACCUCGUUACUCUGACGUCGACCUCUUUGAUCAGCGGCCACAACAUUAUUCUUUAAAAGUCAAGAACCCCAAAGAAGUGCGUCAAGUUCCAGUGCUCAAUCGGCGAAGACACGUACCUAAAGAUAAUCCUAUUAAAGAUGAAACAAAACGUCACGAGAGUGGUGGCGACACACUAAAACAAUACCGCGGUUCGCCUUCAGCCAACCAACGCCACACCAACACAGGUCAAAGCUAUCACGAGGAAAGGCCGGUGUUGGAACUAUUUAACAAAGAACGGUCUAGUCCCCCGCUCGACGCCCAGCGACAAGCGCAGACGUCAUCAUAUUAUAAUCAAGACAGAUGGAACAAGAAGAAAACCUUCGGUUGUGACAAGAAAAGGGUUGAUGCUCCCGUGCGGCGUCCACUUAACGAGACCGGUCCCGUUGAAUCUAAAAAGUCCCACGUCGAAUCUAAGAAGGAGGAUAACCGUUACCCGCGCCGCGAGAAGUACCGAAGCCAUCGCUACGAGUUGCCCACGGUCGCGUCACAGAUGAAGCAAGCCGGCGUGCGAUAUUACUGUGAAAACACGAAACGCCCUAAUAUACCGUUCAUUGUGAGCAAGAGCACCGCGCCUUCGCAUAACAUCGGCGUAAACAUACAGCAGGUUUUGAAUGGUCUGAAAGUGCAGCAACCCCUCUCCGGCAUACCAUCGACAAUCGCUCAUCACAUGGGGUUGGGUCACGUUUCCACUUACGGUACAAGAAGUGCAACUGCGGUACGUUAUGUACUUUAUUGCUCAGUUUUAAUUUUAACAUAUUUGUGGUUCACUAGUGAUACCCGAUUACGAUUCGCUCAACCGUCUCUGGACAAUCGUGAAAUAAACGUGAUCAAACUGGGACAUCGUAUGUUGCGUCUACCCUCUUACAAAUACAUGUCAUACAAUAGACUCUUGAAUUUAUAUCGCGAGGGAGACGGUAUCGUUCCGAGGUUCUUGAAAGCGAUCAACCGACCGCAUUACUUCUACACUUCGAUGUACAACAGCCUGACCGCCGAUCGGGAUGAUUUUGAUGGCGCCACAUCUAAGGGGCGUGGAGGAAGUCAGGAAGCAAAACAGAGUCUAGCCGAAUAUGCUAGCUUAUAUCGAGAGUAUGAGCAUAUCGAGAAAUGCAUCAAAGAAGGUCCGUACCAGCCGCACCUUGAGCAACGGAAGGAGGAACUAUCUAAAGAGCUGGCUUCUAGAGAAGAACACAUUCGAAAGGUCGUCAAGGAGUUCAAAGCGUCCGGGGACUCUGAGCAGCCGCUCCGGGCGUCCGCGUCCACUACAGAAGACGGGUACAGGCACUCAACAUUCAAAUUAAACGUCGGAGAUCCUCAACUGUAACUCGUUCUGUACUAUAAUAUAUUUUGAUUUGAAAUAAA